CACAGUGCACUGCACUGCACACAGCUCGAUGGAGGAGUCAUGCUUUCUUCUGUUUUAGUUUUAUGUCAUGGCUAAACAGUACGAUGUCUUGUUCAGGCUGCUCAUGCUCGGGGACUCGGGGGUCGGGAAGACGUGCAUGUUGCGCAGGUUCACGGAGAGUGAAUUUGAUCCUUCACAUAUUUCCACCAUCGGAGUCGAUUUUAAAAUGAAAACACUAGAACUAGAUGGAAUCAGGGUGCGAGUACAGAUAUGGGACACAGCGGGACAGGAGCGUUAUCAGACCAUCACCAAGCAGUACUACAGGCGAGCACAGGGUAUCAUCUUUGUUUACGACAUCACUAGCGAGUCGUCCUUUCAGCACCUCAUGAAGUGGGCAGGUGAUGUGGAUGAGUUUGCCCCAGACAAGGUGCAGAGGGUCUUGAUAGGAAACAAGUCUGAUGAGGAGCUCAGUAGGCAGGUGACCAAGGACCAAGGAAGCAAGCUAGCAGAAACCUAUGGGAUGGAGUUCUUUGAGACCAGCGCCUCCACCAGCAGCAACAUCAGUGAGGCCUUCACUCGUUUGACAGAGCUGGUGCUGCAGGCUCACCACAGAGAUGUGGACAACUUGUUAGGAGCUCUGGAUGAUUAUCUGGAUAAUCAUGCUUUGGAAGAAGAGAACGAAAGUGAAGGCACUGACGUCAACACUCAUAGGACCUGCGCCUGUUAGGAAGAGGGCCAUUACUGUAGCAUGGCUCAUAGCUAAAGACAAUUGUUCCUCAUGACUGAGACAUGACUCGACUCUUCUCUGCCUUCUUUAUAGAUACUGUAACCUGUGUGUCAAGAGGGAGCUCAUUUGGUUUCACUUUUCAUAUGUUGGCAGCAGCAACCAGCAGAGGGCGCUUUCUGUUGCAUUAUCACUAUGCCCAACAGCCAGUGAAGAGUAAAUACAGGACAUAUAUGUAGCUCUGUAUCCAGCUAAAACUAUCAAUGCACAAGCUCUAUUCCUUCUGGUGCACUAUUCACUUACAUCUAUAAAUGAAUGGGUAAUGUGUUUAUUUAAGAAAUUAGUUUGUUAAGUUGCAAAGAGUCUACAUGCUCACACAAGGUAGCCAGAGGACACAGUUUAAUUAUUUACACCUCGAAACUCAAACCAAGCAGAGUGGAUUAUUUUACAUGAUAGACUUAUUUCCUCAGGGAAGACAGUGCCAUGUUUAAUGACCUAUUCGAGUGCAGUGCAUGUUUGUUCAAUUAUUUUUCGGGGUCUGCUUUGGUGCCACAGAUAUGUCAUUAUACCAUUGUUAGACUUGAAACUCCACUCAUGUUGCAAACAAAAACCUAUCUAAGUUAAUAAAUUAAAACUGCCAUAUUUAACA